AUGUUUAGGCAAAUUUUCAUUAAUUCUAUUCACACGCCUCUGCAAAAUAUUUUGUGGCGAGAUAAUCCACAGAAACCUAUAAUUUGUUUACAGUUGCAAACAGUUACCUAUGGUUUGAAAUCAUCUACAUACUUAGCUACAAGGUGUUUGUUGGAGCUUGCGUAUAUCUAUAAAGACAGGUUUCCACUAGCUGCAGAUGCUAUAAUUAGAAAUACUUAUGUAGAUGAUAUAAUAUGUGGCGCUGACAACAUAGAUCAGCUUCGGAAUCUGAAACAAGAGCUUAUACAAUUAUUAAGCCUUGGCAGUUUUACACUACAUAAAUGGUGUUCAAAUAAUACACAAAUUUUAGAAGAUAUACCAUCAAAUAGGAGGUAUUUUGAGCAUAUUAAUAUUAAUAAAGACAACAUGAUUAAAACUUUAGGAUUAAAAUAUAAUAUACUUACCGAUUCCUUCGUAUUUUCAUGUCCAGCGCAAGAUUUAAAGUUACUUAAAACUAAAAGGGAAAUUUUAAGUUUUAUAGGUAAAAUAUAUGAUCCUUUGGGACUUAUUGGCCCUAUAAUAGUUACAGCUAAAUUGUUUAUGCAAAGUUUAUGGAGUUUAAAAAUAAAUUGGGAUGAGGCUAUACCCUCAAGCCUGCUAGAUAAGUGGUAUAAAUUUGGUGAAAGUUUAGAGAAGAUGAAUCCCAUCAAUACUCAGCGUGGUAUUGUUUUUGGUGAUACUAAUAAUGUAGAGCUGCUCGGUUACUGUGAUGCUUCAUUUGAUGCAAUAGCAUGCUGUCUCUAUUUAAGAGUUUUUCAUAGAGAUGGUAGAGUUAGUGUAGCCUUACUGUGUUCUAAGUCUCGAGUAGCACCUUUAAAGAAAACACUCACAAUUCCAAAUUUAGAACUAAAUAGUGCUCUUCUUCUCUCUCAAUUAACACACAAAGUAAAUAAUACACUUAAGGCGCGUUUUCCUUUAAGAACGAUUUUGCAUUCAGAUUCACAGAUAGUUUUAGCUUGGUUAGGUAACAAGAACAUAAAGAAAAAUACUUAUGUUUCAAGAAGAGUAAGAGAAAUUACAGAUUUAACUAAAGAUUUUACCUGGACCUAUGUCAAAGGUAAAGACAACCCUGCAGAUUUGUUGUCGCGGGGAACUGCUCCACAUAAAUUGGAGGAGAGCUACAUGUGGUUUCAUGGACCACAGUACUUGUCUGAUAAAUACUAUGAACAUAUUAUGUAUGAUUAUAAAUCUUGUGUAGUGACGGAUAGUAUGCCGUGUGAUACCCUUAUAAAUAGUGAUAAAUCAGUUAAAAAAUUUUGUAAUAAUCCUAAAAAUAAAUUAUGUGGUGCAAUAACACCUAAAGAAUUAUGCACUUCUCAAGUUAUGAUUUUUCGACAUAUACAGGAAAUACAUUUUCAUAAUGAAAUAAAAUCACUUACAUUAAAUAAACCUGUAAAAUCAAACUUAAGUAGCUUACACAUUUUUCUUGAUCAUCAACAAUUAAUAAGAGUAGGAGGACGUUUAGAUAAUGCACCAAACAUUUCGUAUGAUAAAAAGCAUCCAAUAGUUUUACCCAAGUCAGACCAUGUUACACAUACUCUUAUAAAUUCUGAACAUUUAAGACUAUUACAUGCUGGAGCUAAGUUAGUUCUCAGUUCAUUAUCGCAGGCAUAUUGGAUAGUAGGUGGUAUUCGCGAAGUCAAAAAGGUACUCCAUAGGUGUAUUGGAUGCUUCCAAAUCAAGGCCGCAACUGCUAAACAGCUUAUGGGUUCAUUACCUGCAGAGAGAACUACUCCCGCUCGACCUUUUGAGGUAACCGGUGUUGACUUUUGUGGUCCAUUUGAAAUGAAAAUAGCUAGAAUUCGUAAACCAUUAAUUACAAAAGCAUAUAUUGCCUUAUUUGUUUGCUUUUCUACUAAAGCAAUACACUUAGAAUUAAUCAGUGACCUUACCACUGAAACCUUUUUAGCAUGUCUUCGAAGAUUUAUAUCUAGACGAGGUGUACCUAAUAGAAUUUAUUGUGAUAAUGCAAAGACAUUUAAGGGUGCUUCCAAUUAUUUAACUGAACUGUAUAAUCUUUUAGCGUCUAAACAUAAUAUGGACUCUGUACAUCAUUUUUGCUCUGAUAAAUUAAUUAAUUUUAAGUUCAUACCUAGUUAUGCCCCAGAGUUUGGUGGUUUAUGGGAAGCUGGGGUAAAAAGCGUAAAGUAUCAUUUAAAAAGGGUUGUGGGUUUUGCCUGUUUAACCUUUGAAGAGCUUUAUACUAUUAUUACUCAAAUAGAAGCCAUAUUAAACUCUAGGCCCUUGCUCCCUAUGAGUAGCGAUAUAUCUGACUUAACAUAUUUGACUCCGGGACAUUUCCUAAUUGGGGCUCCUCUCACUAGUAUACCAGAACCGAACCUUUCAGAUAUUAAUAUAAAUAGACUUAAGUUUUGGCAAAUUUGUACUAAAAUUAAACAAGAAUUUUGGAAAUUGUGGAGCAAUGACUAUUUAACUCAACUACAAAAUAGACCCAAGUGGAAAUAUAAUUAUGAUAAUUUAAAAGAGGGUGACUUGGUCAUUGUGAAGCAGGUUAAUGUGCCAUCAUUAUAUUGGCCCAUGGGGCGCAUUGUUAAAACAUUUCCUGGCUCUGACCAUAAGGUUAGAGUGGCUGAAGUAAAGAUGGCAAAUGGUAGAACCUAUGUUCGCUCUUAUCAAAAAUUAUGUCCGCUUCCUUUAGUUAACUAG